GAGACGCCUGCCUUCCCAGCACCCUCUCUUCCCGCCGGGCACCACCAAAAGCCGAGUACCCAGGGGGAGAGAGAGAGAGAAACAUCGAGUCGGUCGUCUUGGUCCGGGCCGUCCCACCUGGCGACGUCUUUCCCUUUCUCACCCUGUGCCAUUGGCAGCGUCCCACUUUCCCGGAGUCGUAGCCCUGCUGAGACGGUUGCGCCUGCGCGGACGGCACCGGAGGCGGUUUUUUUUUUUUGGGGGGGGAGGGCAAGAACAUGGCGCAGGCUCUUUCCGAAGAGGAGUUCCAACGGAUGCAGGCCCAGCUACUGGAGCUUCGGACCCAGAACUACCAGCUGUCAGACGAGCUGAGGAAGAAUGGUGUUGAGCUCACCUCCCUCCGGCAGAGAAUCACCUUCCUGGACAAGGAGUUUGCCCGAGCCCAAAAGGCUCUGAGCAAGAGCAAGAAAGCCCAGGAAGUCGAAGUUCUGCUCAACGAGAACCAGAUGCUUCAGGGCAAACUCCACAGUCAGGAAGAUGACUUUCGGCUGCAAAACAGCACGCUCCUUCAAGAGCUCAGUAAGCUUUGCGCACAGAUCGAGCAGCUGGAGCAGGAGAAUCGGCAGCUAAAGGAAGGCUCCUUGGGUCCGGGGCCUCCCAGCACGGGCAGCGGCCCUGUAGAUGGGGAGCUUCUGCGCCUGCAGGCGGAGAACACAGCCCUCCAGAGAAAUGUCACAGCUCUGCAGGAACGCUAUGAGAAAGAGCAGACGAGUUCUCCAGCUCCGCCAGAGGCCGCUGGAAAGGAGGAUGCAGGUGGCUGUGGGGACCAUGCGGGAGACCUGGUCGUGCCCCCUCCGUUGGCAGAGGCCGAGCUGAAGUGGGAAGUAGAGAAGGAAGAGAAGAGGCUACUCCAAGAGCGUUUGCAGGGACUCGAGAGCUCGAAGCAGGCUGAGACGGCCAAGCUGCAGGAGGAGGUAGCCAAGCUGUCGGAAAAGCUGAAGAAGAAACAGGAGAGCUUCUUCCGCCUGCAGACAGAGAAGGAGGCUUUGUACAACGACAGCAGGAACAAGAUAGAAGAGCUUCGCCAGCAUCAGGAGGCAGAUCUCAAAGCCCAGGUAGUCCGGACUCAGAAGCUGCAGGAGGAACUUCAGGCGGCAAACCAGAGCCUAGCUGAGCUGAGGGAACAAUGCCAGGCCGAGCGCCAGGACCAUGCCAGUGCCCUCCGCACCCUCCAGGACCAGGCGGCGCGCCAAAGCGCAGACUUACAGGAGCGGGUGCAGGCACUGUUGGCGGAGAGCGAUGCUUUGCGGACCAACCUUGCUGCCCUAGAGCAGAUCCAGACAGCCAAGACUCAGGAGUUGUGUGCCUUGCGGGAGCAGACUGCGGGCCUGGCCACCGAGCUGCAGCAGCGCCAGGCUGAGUACGAAGCCCUAGCAGGCCAUAGAGAUGAUCUUAGCUCCCAGCUGCAGGAAUCGCUUCGGGCAAAUGGACGGCUUCUGGAGCAGCUUCAGGUCCUGGGGCAGGAGAAAGAAAAUCUCAGUAGGGAGCUGGAAGAGGCCCGCAAGAGCGCCGAAAAGAGGAAGGCUCUUCUGGAUGAGGUGGCGGCCGAGGCGCUGCAGGAAAAGUCGAGGCACAAGGAGGAGCUGGGCUCGGCCCGACUGCAGGCCGAGAAGGACGUGCUAGCGGUGAGGGCACGCUACGAGCGGGAGCUCCGGCAGCUCCACGAUGGUCGGCGGCGACAGGAGGAAGAGCUCCGGGCCCAGAUCCGGGAAGAGAAGGCACGGACCCGGGAUCUGGAGAGCCUGCAGCAGAUGGUGGAGGAGCUGCGUGCCCAGCUGCAGUCGAUGGAGGGAGCCAAGGGCUGGUUCGAGCGGCGACUAAAAGAGGCAGAGGAGGCCCUAGAGGAGCAGCAUCAGGAGCACGAGGAGAACCUGCACGUGCAAGAGGAGCGCCACAAAGCCGAGCUGCAGCGGAAAGAAGAGGAGGUCCGGGCCGCGGAGGGCCAGCUGCAGGAGGCUGAGGCGCUGUGUGGCGGCCAUCUCGACACCAUCGCUCGACUGCAGCAGGAAGUGAAGGAUGUGGCGGAUGGGCAGCGCAUCCUCGAGAAGAAAGGGAGCGCCACGCUGAAGGACCUGAAGCGGCAGCUGCAGUUGGAACGGAAGAGGGCCGACAAGCUGCAGGAGCGGCUCCAGGAGUUCCUGACCAAUAGCAAGAGCCGCUCUGGCUUUGAGGAGCUCGUCCUGUCAGAGAUGAGCUCCCCCAGCCGGGCCCAAACGGGCGACAGCAGCAGCGUCUCCUCCUUCAGCUACCGGGAGAUCCUCCGGGAGAAGGAGGGCUCAGCUGGCCCUGCUCGGUCAUCCUCAGGGAGCCCCCCAGGCCCGGCUCGGCCAGCAGAGCUUUCGGAUGAGGAGGUGGCUGAGCUCUUUGAGAGGCUGGCGGAGACGCAGCAAGAGAAGUGGAUGCUGGAGGAGAAGGUCAAGCACCUGGAGGUGAGCAGUGCCUCUAUGGCGGAGGACCUGUGCCGCAAGAGCGCCAUCAUUGAGACUUAUGUCAUGGACAGCCGCAUUGACGUGUCGGGCCCCUCAGGCCACACAGACAGGAGCGGCCUGGGCAGUGUCCUGCGGGACCUGGUGAAGCCAGGGGACGAGAACCUCCGGGAGAUGAACAAGAAGCUCCAGAACAUGUUGGAAGAGCAGCUCACCAAAAACAUGCACCUCCACAAGGACAUGGAAGUUCUCUCCCAGGAAAUCGUCAGGCUCAGCAAGGAAUGUGUUGGGGGCACAGAGCCAUCCCCGGCCGGAUCCGGAGAGGCCAGUUGAGAUGGCCAGCCCCCUAGCCUGCCCACCGCCCACCCGGCCCCCAGCUCGCAUCCGUCCCCGUGCAUGACUGUGUGUGACCCAGUUCUAUUUAUGGCUCCUGGCCCACAGCGGCUGCUGCACUUUGGGGGGGUAGGGGAGUGGUUCACGCUCCAGAGAGCCCGGGAUCGAGGUCAGCAGUCCACCGUGCUGCGCCAACGUGCUGUCAAGGCCCUGACUUGUGUGCUCCGUUUCCCCUGAAAAAAAUAAUGUCCUACCUUCCUCUCCUGCCUGAAAA